AUGGGAGACCCCGCUGAAUUUGAUGCUACAACGAACGAGAUCGAGGCGGCGAUCACGGACGAUGAGGUGGCCAGGUUGCUGCACCUGCUCGGCUACGUGCGGAUGGGGAACGCCUACUACUCGGAGGCGCGCAAGGUGGCCACCGAUGACUUUGUGAUCUACCCGGUCUUGAAGGUGACGAAUAAGGGCGAUGCGCUCUUCAUCAACACGAAGACCGUCUGUGUCAGUCAGCAGACCGUCGCCGAGCAGUUGACCGACGGCAGCAGCAACGCAGUGACGCUGGAGAAAAUGCUGGUGGCAUCCAGCGUCAACUUCGACGAAUACACCUGCUUCGGCCUGGACCCUACAAGGCACGUGACGGACACUUUCGUGACGGAACGCGGCACCACCACGACCUACUCGGACUUCUACCAGCGCCACUACAAUCAAAAGGCCACGGAUCCGAUGCUGUUAUGCCGAAACGUCGAUGGUGAUGAAGUCUGGCUUCCGGCCAAUCUCUGCCUCUUCCACUAUCCGAAACUGAACAGGGACGUGAUGUGUAGCGACUACGACAAGCUGGACGAAUCUUUCCGCUUCAGCCGCACCAUCCACAGUAAACUUCGCGCCCUACAGCAGCUCGCCUUGGAACUUCGACAGCUGUUCGAGUAUGUGACUUUUUCCGCGCUCUCAAUCAAGCCCGUCCUCAAGGUGCAGCACGGAUUCAUUUUGGAGAAGCCGAAGUUGACGCUACAACCAGUGGGGGAGGAUGGCGGCGUCAAGAAUCUGGGCAGCUGUCUCGUGCUCGUGCCAAAAGUGGAGAACCAAAGUCAAGUAGCCCGCGCGCUGAACGAAAAGUUUACGAAUUACGCUGCCGAGAUGCAGGCCUUCUUUGAAGGAUGGCAUUUCGUCAGCUACGAGAUGCAGCAGCUGGACGCAAUGAUGACCGCUGGGAUCGCAAAGUACACACCGAAGCUCCUCAUCGCGAUCGUCACCGAGGACUACACCGACAAGGAAGAAGCGAUCAUGCACAAGGUCGCUUCACACCAUCAACAAGUGCUCUGCCAGAACGUGCCGGUGGCCGCGCUCGAGGAUUCGACACAAGAGCGCCGUGAACUACUGCCGAACAUCGUGUGCGAGACGGUGGCCAAAUAUGGAAUGCUGCCGGCCCGUUUCGAGAAGCCGAUGGCAGAGAAGGUCAUGUUCAUCGGCUGCACCAUUGGAGGGCCCGAGAAACGUGACGUUGCCCUGGUCUCUUCUCUUGACGACACGCUGGGCACGUGGUUCUCCCGCUACUUGUGCGCCUACGACACGGACCGACUCACGAAGAUUAUCCGAUUGCUAUUCCGCGUGUACUUCGACAACCACAAAAAAUUCCCGCGGAAGGUGGUCUUCUACUUGCACGGAAACUACGACGAAGAAGUCGGCAGCGCAAUGGCCGACAUCUUGAAGACGUUUUUCGAUGAAAUGUGCCCGUUGAUCCGCGCUCGCGGGUUCGACGUCGUCGCCCCGGACCAAGUGGUGCUCGGCGUGGCGCGCAGCGAGCGAAUCUACUUCCAGUGUGACGUCAACAUAAACUACCCACGGGCCGGCAGCUGUCUCUAUAGCAGAUACAAGACGGUGGACGUUACACCCUACGAUGGCCGGAACGAGUACCCAGAGACGUGCGAGUACAAGCGACUGAGCGGCGCAGUCGAUCAACAAGUUUAUUCCCAUUGGGCCUACUACCUGACCAUCCUGGGCGCGCACAACAGCCGCGAGCCAUCCGUGUUCCCGGCGCCCGUUCACCUCGCCCUCCGACUACGGAAGCACAUGCGCUGGAGCGACGCCGACGAUAAGACCGAGCCCGGCACUGACGGAUUAUUCUACCUU